AUGCUGAAUUCUGUCGACAAGGCAUUUUCAAGCCAAGCAAAGGUAAAAAAUUAAACUGUUAUAUUGAGUUGCAAUCAAAAACGAAACUGUCAAUAAAAUACAUGGACAAUAACUUAACUUCAGUCUUCAAAUAGACUUUUAGCCCACUGCUCAGCAACUUAGUACUGCUAUUAUUUUCCCCAUAUUUCACACGCUGUCUUAUUAGAGGAAAGGACGGAAUAUUUUAAAUGCAAUAUCACAGAGACGCAUCAUGAUUUUAUAAACAACAUUCGCCCAAACUUGUGUGCCACACUGAAAUAAUUUUGUAAUAAGGCCACAUAAAAAUAUUAAAACUUCGGUUGAUAAGGAUGAACUACCUGAAAAACACAAGGAGAAUUUCAACGUUUCGGGAAGCUAAUUACUCACUAACUCCCCGACGAAGGGAGUUCGUUCGAAACGUUUAUGUUCUCCUUGUAUUUUUCAGUCAGAUAUAGUUGCUCCCUGUUCAAACCGAAGUAUUGUUAUUAUUGGUAGCCUACUAUACCUAUAUACACUGGCACGAAGCGUUUAAGAUUAAAAAAUAUUACUUGUUUAGGUCGGGCGGGAGCUUUCAUUUUUUUUAUACAAGGACACCGCUGGCGCUGUAAUUAAUCAUGGCACACAAACACAGUCUAAUUUUAUAAUAUAGCAGUUUUAGCAUAUCAAUGUAUAUACGCAGAUGGGACAUGUGUAUAUAUUGAUUAUUGGAUCAAAAAUUUGUACACAAAUCUAUCACGGCAGUUGAAUAACUCGAUUUAAUACGGCAACAUCCAAGCACAAAUCGACAUUUUAUAUGUAUAUGUGCAACUACUGGGGAAUUUUUACACAAAAUAUUAUUAUUAAUUAAUAAAGGCUUUUGAAAAAAAAAAAUUGAGGACGUAAACAGAUAAUCUAUAUAUUAAUAUUGGGUAGCGUAAUGAAAUAUAGGCUAACUACAAAAAUGCUAUAGACAAAUAAAAGUAUUUGUUAUAUAUUUGAACGUUUUACGAUAUAGAAUACACUCAGUGUUUAUUAGAUAGAACAGGCAACAGUAAACAGUACAUGCUGCUGAAACACUUUGUAGCAGGUUCUUUGAUUGUUAAAAUUAUUCAGUACAUUAAACAGCUUUAUUCAUGAAAUAGAAUUGUUUUGUGAAUGUUGUUUAUUUUUUCCACGUCACUUGUAUAACAAAAUACCUAAUGUCUGUUUCGUCUUUCAAAUCUCCAUGUGAAAUUCUCGGGAAAAAUUUCCCUCGGGAGUGGAAGUAAAUUAAUACAGGGUAACGAUUGAUACACCGGGUGGAAAACGUAAUUUAAAAAUGAAAAUUAAAGCCCAGCAAAUGAUUUUCAGACAAGACAUAACAUAAAGAUGCUCUAAUUUUGUUAUGCCUUGUCUGAAACUCACUUUGCUGGGCUUUAAUUUUCAUUUUUAAAUACAGGGUGUAUAAUGUUAUCAUGUGCCAAUAUUACGUUCCAGGGUAGCCUGAAAACAGACCUACGUUUCGCCCGUAGCCCACCAACAACCAUCCCACCCGCAAAUUUUAGGGCGAGCAAAACGAAGGUCUGUGUUCAGGCUAGUUUCAGGGCCGCCGAGAGAAUUAGCGGGGCCCGGGCCAAAUCUUCUCUGGGGCCCCCAUGACAUCAUUAUUUUUAAGCUAGAUAACCCAACUAGACCUUAGCUAGACUGCAUGUGGAGCUACUGUAAGGGACCCUCAAUUUAAAAAAUGCGCUGAUCAACUUAAAGAACCUACUCAAUUUUAGGCUCUCGUUCUCAAAUUGGAGCCCUAUUAAGGUGGGGGUCCAAGGCAAUUUGCCCCCCCCCCCUUGCCCCCCUCUCGGCGGCCUUGUUACGUUUAAUUAAUUAAAGGUUUUCUGCUUACGUAUUUAUAAAGAUCGCGCUUUUAGCAGUCAAAUGACAUCAUUGUCAAAACAUUGCGAUAAAAAUAACCAAAUAUAAUCUGAUUUAAAGUGGUCGGUUGAAACCAAAUUUUUCCACAUUUAAGAUUUGUUCUGCAAAUUUUCGAACAUUUGCCCAAAUGCUUGUUGCCCUUUUGGGAACGUAUGGUUGCGAGUUCAGUCUGAAAACUUCCAGUUCUAUAAAAUGUUUUAACCGCUCAAUUUUGGUACAAAAUUGCGAGUAAAAAUUUACAAAAACUUGAUGCUUACACAUGCGUUACGCCUUCUUUACUCAAGCGACUUCAAUUUGAAUAGUCCAGCUUCUCUAAACGCAAGUUCAUGCCUAUAUAUGGUGAAUAAUGCCAAGGCGAGGGGACUGGCAGCAAACGUCUGUAAUUGUGGUAUCUGUCUUUUUUUAGAACCACUGAACGUUAAUGUUAUACAAAACAAGUUUUUGUCCAGUUCGUUUUGGAAUGUGCACAUCUCUGCUGAGCUAAAAAAACCUGCAUGCGAGGCAUCCAUCUCUUCAUUCCAUAAUGUCUCUGACUAGCUCUCCUUCAUCUCUUCUUAUUACGUGUCCAUACCAUCUCAACCUUGCUUCUCUCACCUUCUCUGCAAUGUCUACCACACCACAUCUUCUUCUGAUCUCUCAAUUCCGUAAUGUCUCUGACCAGCUCUCCUUCAUCUCUUCUUAUUACGUGUCCAUACCAUCUCAACCUUGCUUCUCUCACGUUCUCUGCAAUGUCUACCACCAACGUCUUCUGAUCUCUUCAUUCCAUAAUGUCUCUGACCAGCUCUCCUUCGUUUUUUCUUAUUACGUGUCCAUACCAUCUCAACCUUGCUUCCCUAACCUUCUCUGCAAUGUCAACGUACCAGCCCAGAUUUUUUCCUCAUCUCUUCAUCCUAUAUGUCUUUGAAAUAUUCUUCUCUAAUCGUGCAUCUUAAUUUUUCAGACCCACUGUACUUUAACGUAACAAAGCAAGUUUUCGUCGAUUCAGUUUUGGAAUGUGCGCAUCUUUGCCAAGCCGAAGGUUUAACCUGCGAGGCUUUCAAACAGAGAAACGUUCAUGACGAUGUCAACUGCCAAAUAACCGAAGGUGAACCUGAAGUUUCAACAAUGCUUGAAAAUGAUGCAACGGAGAAGUGGACACUAUAUACUUUAGAAACAAUUGAGUCGGUACGAAAUUAUCAACUUAGUUGUCAGCAGUAUUCCAAGCAUUUGCGUAUUGCUUUGCAUUUUUUUUAUUUUGUCGACAUAUGUUGGAAGCAUGCAUCCAAUUGUACUCUAAACUACCACGGUAGGAACCAACUGCAUCGUUUAAAAUAAAAAAUAAAAAAUAAAAAAUAAAAAAUCAUAAAUACAUGAAAAGUUGAAUUUUUCAUAUCAAUUAGAAUACUAAGAAUAAGAAUUCAACUAUUUUGUUUCUCCAUUCCCAGCCGGACUGUGUGAAGAAGAAUUUGUGCAAUGGGGCUGGACGAUGCUUGGCUGACAGCUGUGAGGCUGACGGAUUCAAAUGUGAAUGUUCUGAUAAUUAUUAUGGAAAAUAUUGUCAAUAUGAAAAAUUUUGUAAGUAAUAUAACUUUAUUCUUGUUUAUUUUCCCCAUUAUUUUCUCACUUUGAUAACUGCAGGUUGUCCCCCAUCUGCUGCACGAUACCGCUUAGUGAAACCUGGCGAUACGAUCAAUUUUCCUUUAUUUUAGAUGACUACGACAUAAACUUCCCAAACACCACGGCUAACAACUUCAUAGACCUGCGAACAACAGAGAUGGACAUCAAUGAGUUCACGUUCACCGCAUGGAUUAAGUUUAAUCCAGGAUUUAUUAAAUACCCUCUGGUCUCAUACACCACUGAAAGCUCGACAGAAAUGUUCGCGCUUGCGUUUCGCUCAGAUGAUACAAGCGGGACGACAAUAGCCGAAUUUUCUGGGAAUUUGCUUGGUCAGGAUAUUGGGUAAGUUUUUCUAAGCAAUAUUUUAUAUACCGUGGGAGGAGAUGAGGAUCAUGCAUCUGGAGUUGAAUUACAAAAGACGCGGCUCCAACGUGAUGGAAUUGAAGGUUUGGUAGCGCGCCUCUGCUGCUGGAGAAUAACGAGUCUAAACAUGUAAGGCGGUGACGUCAGGACGGCAGCAUUCAAUACAAUGACAUUAAUCCUAUAGCACAAAAGAAAUGAAGAAUCAAAAGUGUAGCAGGGUUUAUAGACGUCGUUCAAGCUCUGUUGACAACAGUAAAACGUAUAUUUUUACGUCUCGUAUAGUACGCUAGCAUUUCAAGCCGUGACAGGUAGUUUUUUAUGUGCCGGACAAAUUAUGGAAAAUAAAAGAAGUUCUUUUGUCGGGCAAGAAGAACACCCCCCCCCCCCUAAUACGUACAGUCAAGUUGCGCCCCCGGUAGCAUCGUAGCAAGCUCAACUCAGGAAAACGUUUGUAGUAUUACAUUUUCCAACUGUUUUUUCUAGCACAAAUACCAUACCUAUAAACGAUGGUUACUGGCACCAUAUGGGAUUCGCAUGGUCUGGUGUUACUGGCGAGUGGAUCUUACUUAUUGAUGGUGUUCUUUGGGCGACCAAAGUUUCCAGAGUAGGGAAAAUAUCAUCAAGUGGUGGUCAGUUAACCAUCGGGAAAAUUAAAGACAAUGGAGUAAUUUACCAUUUAGUUGGAAACGUAAGUCGUGUGAAUCUAUGGAGCACAGCAAAGACGGGUGGUGAGAUUGAAGAGAUAGCUAAGAGACCUGGGUCAAGAGAUGGUGAUUUGAUCACUUGGUUUAUGGUAAAGGAUUUAAUAUCUGAUCUAAGAAUCAUUCGUCCAUCUACGGCAGCUUUUUCAGGUUGGUUUUAAUGAAAAUAAUUCGCGAGGUCUGUUCUUACUAGUCCAUUAUCACCACAGAAGAAAACCAGAAUGUAGUAGAACUCGAGGACAAAUUAUUAUCUGACAACUGCAGCAGAAUCUGAAUCCUGACACAAAGAUGAAAGUCACAUCCUCUAAAUACUGCGACACUAAUAGCCUACCAUCUUUAUCAUUUAAAUCAAUUUAGGCAAUGGAACGAACUACGAGAUACCUCUACCACUGGCGAAUGUGAAUUAUCCAGGACCAUACAAAACCACGAGCAUUUUAUCAAGCUGUCUUUGGUUCUAUGGAAGUACGGUCAGUGGAGACACAACGUUUUUUGUCUAUGAUACCGUGAACAUAUUUGGCAUCAGUUCAGUCGACAUGGUUUCCACAAUUAAUGGUUUCUCAAGCAAAAGGUGUGUGUCAUAAUUUCGGAAGCAUUUUCCAAGCCAAAAAGUUGAGUCAUGUAUGCUACUGUAGCUAAGGGUAGGGUAUUCCAGGCUGUAACGUUUUGGCUUUGAAGGAAAUUAAUUUCCUGCGCAAAAAUUCUUGCCAUUAUCAAAAUCUGCCAAAAUUUUGCAAAUUGUAAAAAAUUGCAAAUAAUUUCUGAAGAAUCUGCACAAAAUGAACCAAGAGCGAAGUAGAUUUGACUGCCGGAUUCCUUGAUCUGCCAUAAAUUUUCUGUGGGAAUAGUGGACAUUUCUUCGCAUUAAUUGUGAGCGUCUGGCUCCGCUGUGUCACGCAAUUACACUGUGUGAUUCCAAAGUCGACCCACAUCCUUUUAUUUUUCUUCCCAGAGGUUCCUAUGUAUACAAUGGAAUGAAAGGGCGCGGGGGUCAUCCCUCUAUGCAUAAAUCUACCUAAUUAGAUAUCUACAUAAUGAAAAUCUUUCUCUCUCCAGAAUUACUGUAAAAGGUUUCAGACGAUGGCAUUUUCUUUGUAUACAAUGGAAUGGAAUUGCGGGAACAGUCACUUAUUUUUAUGACGGCUACGCAGUUGAUAGCAAGAUACAAGAUGAAAAGUUGAAAACACAACUACCUCCAGGAAAGAAUUUUAACAUUGGUUUGGGCGAUGGAAUAGGGACGUUGACACAACUGAAUAUUUGGGGUUAUGAAAUAGCAGCGAAGAAUGUUAUAGCUAUGUCAUCUGGAGGAUUCAAUGUACAUGGAAGUGUGAUGUCUUGGAGCAGCUUGGCGAAGUAUGUCCCCAGUGAAAGCAUCAUCAAUUACUGGAAUUCUUCCAUCUAUCUGCCAGGUAAGACUGAGGAUCUUAAUAAUAAGUUCUUUGGAUCUUCCCAUUGUUGUCAGCUAAAUAAAAUUCCAGUCAGCUAAUAUAACAGGAGCCAACGCUGCGUCCCAGCUCUGAGCAAACUUGCAUACGUUGUCGCCGAAAAUUUGUAGCCAAAGCAUUUGCUCGAAAGUGCCCACACUAGUAGCCAGCCUGAAUUUUGCUUCUAACGAAGAAGGAGUGUUUCCCAAAAAAGAAACUCCCAAGUGAGACUUUUGUUGCAGAAACAACAUUUUGCGGUUUGCUCCCCUUUGGGAAACAUUUCGGGAAACAUGGCUAAGAAACAAUGUUUACUGGUUUAUGCAUCUUCGGGAAAUUAACAUGGCUGAUAAUAACAGUGUUUCUUAUUUAUCUAUCUUUGGGAAGCAUGGCUGAGUUCCAAAAGCUUUUUCAAACUUCCCCUGAUUAAGACACCAGACUGGAGUGUGACGAAGUUCGCAACAUGCAUGUCAUUUGUUGGAGAUUCAAUUAACUGAAAUCUAGCGCCUGUUACAGCAGUAUGAUGAUGAUGAUGAUGAUGAUGAUGAUGAUGAUGAUGAUGAUGAUGAUGAUGAUGAUGAUGAUGAUGAUGAUGAUGAUGAUGAUGAUGAUGAUGAUGAUAACUUUAUUUGAGUGUUCAUCUUAUAGUUGAGCACAAGUAAGCCUAUAGCGCAUACCAUGAGCCAAGUAUUAACCAGAUUCUCUCGUUCUGUUAUGCAGGCUUUACAGUUCUGGGGAAGAGAACAAAAUGGUGCAACGACAUUCUUCCCGAUGUUUCAUGCCCAGCGCAACUUCUAGCAAGACUGGGAGGCCAUAAAAUUCGCGAGAGAUUGGAGUGGCGUUGUUAUUGCCCAAAAUCACUCCACGACGCAAAAUACACUUACGACUUUUCUACAUCAAGUCCGAGCUAUUUCAGCAGACAUAGCGAGCUUAGUACUAUCAACUGAAGAACAAGUAUAUGUAACUUGGG